AUGCCACUGUUUCUCCGGUCCCCCCAGGAAUCACGACCUGACCAUAGCCAUAAAACCGAUCUAGGAAUCGGAAAGGUCUUGCUCUCGACCUAUCUCGCUAGGCCGCAACACACGGUCAUCGCGGGGCUACGCGACAUAAACGGCACCUCAGCAAAGACACUCCAAGACCUUCCGCACGGCAGCGACAGCAAGGUCAUAACCGUCCAGAUCGACAGCGCGUCCACCACCGACGCGGCCACCGCGAUAUCAACUCUCAAGUCGCAACAUUCCAUCACACACCUCGACGUCGUGAUCGCGAACGCGGGCGUGUCGAAAUACUUCGGGCCGGCACGCGCGACGCCGGCAGCGGAGAUGACAGAGCACUUCGCCAUCAACACCGUGGCACCGCUGCUGCUCUUCCAGGCGACGGCGACUCUGUUGGACGCAGCCCCCGGGACUCCCAAGUUCGUGGUCCUGUCGUCUGGCGCGGGCAGUCUCGGCAUGGUCGAGGACCUGCCCGUCGAGAACACCGCGUACGGGGCCUCCAAGGCCGCCGCAAAUUUCGUCACGCGCCGUAUUCACUAUGAGAAUCCGAGAUUGGUCGCUUUCCCCAUUAAUCCCGGCUGGUUGCAGACUGAGCUGGGAAACCAUGCCGCGAAAAGCGCCGGGAUGAGUGCGGCGCCCGUGCCGAUCCAGGAGGGUGUGAACGGUGUGAUUGAACAGAUCGACAAGGCGACGCGGGAGAAGACGUCUGGGAAAUUCAUGACAUUUAGUGGCGAGCAGAUGCCCUGGUGA